GGUGGAAGUUUCCUGUUUCUGAGAGGAAUAUAUAAGGGCUGCUUUGAACAACAGCUUGUCACCUCCAAGACUUCAACUGAAGACAGACGGGACAACUGUCACUGCCAGACCAAGAGAAGACAUGGUGUCAAUCAAAGCUUUAGUGAUGGGGGUCACGCUCCUCACCUUAUGUCUACUGACCACAAACACAUCUGCAGUGCAUCCCGGAUGUUGUCGAAGUUAUAUGAAAACAAAAUUACCAUUUCUUCAAAUCAAGGGGUACGCUGUCCAGUCGGACCAAGAGAUGUGUCCUAUUAACGCCAUCAUUUUUCUCACAAAGAAGGGGAAAUUGUUUUGUGCUGAUCCGGCUCUGAACUGGGUGAUGGACUCCAUCAACCGUUUGAGGGCUAAAGCACAAAUUGUUCACAAGAACUCGUUGUCGAAGAAGUAGGAGUUGGCUUUUGAAGAGCGACAGUGGCCCACUUGAAGCAAACAGACUGCUUUCAACCUCAGCACGAAUAAUGUUUUCACAGCAAUACUCCAAUAAACUCCUGUUCUCAGUUUGAUUCAUUAAAGUGCUGUUCAUAAAAAGAA